CAGUAAAACUGUCAAAGGUGGGAGGGGCGGGAGCGCGCAUGUGCGCAGCGCGGCGCGCAGCCUGCGCCGCCCGGACCCCGCGCCCCGCGCCCAGCGCCCCGGCCCCGGCCCCCGCCCCGGCCGCCGUCCCGCUGGGCGCCGCAGAGAUGACUGAUCCCUUCUGCGUUGGAGGAGGCCGCCGGCUCCCAGGGUCCACCAAGAGUGGACCUGGGAAGGAUGGAGGCCGGAAUGAGGUCCGACUUCCUGUGCUGCACGACCCACCAAAGUUGGGGAUGCCGGUGGCCCGGGGUGGGCAGACAGUGCCCAGCCAGGCCCCACUCUGCUUUGACUCGGGAAGUCCAGCCAGUGACAGGACCGAAGGGAAGAAGAAGGGGCGUCCGAAAGCUGAGAACCAGGCCCUCCGAGACAUUCCUCUCUCCCUGAUGAACCAGUGGAAAGACGAAUUCAAGGCACACUCAAGGGUGAAGUGUCCAAACUCAGGGUGCUGGCUGGAAUUCCCCAGCAUCUACGGGCUCAAGUAUCAUUACCAGCGCUGUCAAGGGGGCGCCAUCCCAGAAAGGCUGACCUUUCCCUGCCCCUUCUGUGAGGCUGCCUUCACCUCCAAGACCCAGCUGGAGAAGCACCGCAUUUGGAACCACAUGGACCGACCCCUGCCUGCCCCCAAGCCUGGGCCCGUCAGCCGGCCAGUCACCAUCAGCCGGCCCGUUGGAGUCAGCAAGCCCAUUGGAGUGAGCAAACCGGUCACUAUUGGCAAACCUGUGGGUGUCAGCAAACCCAUCGGCAUCAGCAAGCCAGUGACGGUCAGCAGGCCUGUGCCGGUCACCAAGCCAGUGACGGUCAGCAGGCCUGUGCCGGUCACCAAGGCUGUCACGGUCAGCAGGCCUGUGCCGGUCACCAAACCCAUGCCAGUCACCAAGUCUGUGCCGGUCACCAAGGCAGUGACUCUCAAUAAGCCAGUGCCAGUCACCAAAUCCGUGCCGGUUACCAAACCGGUGACCAUCAACAAACCGGUGCCGAUGACAAAGCUUGUGACAGUUGCAAAACCCGUGCCAGUCACGAAGCCAGUGACGGUCAGCAGGCCCAUUGUGGUCAGUAAGCCAGUGACGGUCAGCAGGCCCAUUGCCAUCAGCAGGCACACACCACCUUGCAAAAUGGUGCUGCUGACCAAGUCUGAGAACAAAGCUCCUCGUGCCACAGGGAGGAGCAGCGGUAAGAAAAGGGCAGCGGACAGCCUGGAUGCCUGCCCCAUCCUGCCAAAGCAGGCGAGGCCCGAGAAUGGGGAGUAUGGCCCCUCCACCAUGGGCCACAGCUCGGCCUUCCAGCUGAGCACAGACCCCAGCGGCAGCCCCCUCUCCCUGGGCAGCAGGCUCUUGGGGAGCAAGGAAGCACCGAGGGCCGCAGGCCCUGUGUCCCCACCUGAGGAGGGAGCGGAGCGCACAAAGCACAGAAGGAAACAGAAAACACCCAAGAAGUUUACAGGGGAGCAGCCGUCCAUCUCAGGGACCUUCGGACUCAAAGGCCUAGCCAAGGCAGAGGACAAAUCCCGCGUGCACCGCGCCAAGAAGCAGGAGGGGCCGGGCCCCGAGGAUGUGCGGAAGAAGGUGCUGGCUCCGGCUAGUACUGUCAGCAAGGAAGUGCCGGCCCCCACGGCCCACCCAGCUCCAGGUGGCCCUGAGGAGCAGUGGCAGCGGGCCAUCCAUGAACGGGGGGAGGCCGUCUGCCCCACCUGCAACGUGGUCACCCGAAAGACCCUCGUGGGGCUCAAGAAGCACAUGGAAGUGUGUCAGAAGCUGCAGGACGCUCUCAAGUGUCAGCACUGUCGGAAACAGUUCAAAUCGAAGGCCGGCCUCAACUAUCACACCAUGGCCGAACACAGCGCUAAGCCCUCUGACGCUGAGGCCUCGGAGGGGAGUGAGCAGGAGGAGCGGGAGCGGCUGCGCAAGGUGCUGAAGCAGAUGGGGAGGCUGCGCUGCCCUCAGGAGGGCUGCGGGGCCGCCUUCUCCAGCCUCAUGGGCUACCAGUACCACCAGCGACGCUGUGGAAAGCCUCCGUGUGAGGUGGACAGCCCCUCCUUCCCCUGCGCCCACUGUGGAAAGACCUACCGCUCCAAGGCUGGACACGAUUACCACAUGCGCUCAGAGCACACGGCCCCGCCACCUGAGGAGCCUGAGGACAAGCCCCCUGAAACUGAGGACCUGCUGGGAGUCGAGCGGACCCCCAGCGGCCGCAUCCGCCGCACCUCAGCCCAGGUGGCCGUAUUCCACCUGCAGGAGAUUGCAGAGGACGAACUAGCUCGAGACUGGACCAAGCGGCGGGUGAAGGACGACCUGGUACCUGAGACUGCCCGGCUCAACUACACUCGGCCAGGCCUCCCCACGCUCAACCCCCAGCUGCUGGAGGCAUGGAAGAAUGAAGUCAAGGAGAAAGGCCAUGUCAACUGCCCCAAUGAUUGCUGUGAAGCCAUCUACUCCAGUGUGUCUGGUCUUAAGGCGCAUCUUGCUAGCUGCAGCAAGGGAGACCACCUGGUGGGGAAGUAUUGUUGUCUGCUGUGUCCGAAGGAGUUCAGCUCUGAGAGUGGCGUCAAAUACCACAUCCUCAAGACCCACGCAGAGAACUGGUUUCGUACUUCGGCAGACCCACUUCCCAAACACAGGAGCCAGGACUCACUGGCGCCCAAGAAGGAGGAGAAGAAGAGUCUGGUGGGCGGAAAGAAGCGAGGCCGAAAGCCCAAGGAGCGGACCCCUGAGGAGCCCGCGCCUAAGAUGCCCCCCCGUCGGGACGACUGGCCGCCAGGAGGCAGAGACAAGGGGGCCCGGGGCUCCACUGGCCGGAAGAUGGGAGCCAGCAAGGCCCCUGAGAAGUGAGCGUGGUGGCUGGCAGGUGGGUGGGGCCUGGCCCCCACACUGGACACCAGGUCCACUCUGUUGAGGGCGGGGGUAGCUGGUUCCAGCACCUUCUGCUCUCCAGUUCUCCAUCCCCCACCCCUGCCUGUUCAUCUGUCCAGUGGAGGCAGCCAGCCCCUCUCUCCUACCUGAAGGUGGCCCCCCCCGUGCUGGCUGUGGAGGGCACACAGGGCUGGGGGUCCCUUGGGGGAGGGCCUGUGGCAGUAACAGACGCGCAGUAGUGUGCAGGGACAUUCACAGGCCUGGCAGAGUCGGGGGCCCCGGGUGGGCAGGAGGAGGGUCUGCAGCUUAGGCCUCAGGGCCACGGGGCGGUGCAGGGCAGGCAGAGGGCCUUCACCGUGUGAGCUCCAUGCCCCGUCUACUUUCUCAGGCCCAAGGCUUGGGGGUCCUUGGUGACCCAUGGUUCUGGGCUGAUGAGGGCACCUGAGCAGCCUCACCUCUCCACCCGACACUGGACCCCAGCACCCCCAGCUACCUCCCAGGACAGACCCUGAGUCUGACUGCUACCGUGCUGACCUGACAGCCUGCCCCACCAUGGCCUCCCUUGUCCUUCCGCCUCUGGGUCCUCUGCUUCUGUUCUCUACCUCUCCAGGCCUGCCCUCCCCUGCCUGUGCAACCCUUGCUGUGCUUGGGCCCCUUCCCCACUGGCCCCUGUCCGUCAUGGUGGGUGGACUCUCUGCCAUCCCAUCUCCAUGGGUGCUCCCUGCCUGGGGCGAGGGGAGGGUUCUGGUCUGACCUGCGGGCUGCAGGAGCAGGGGGUGAGGGGGCCACGGUGGAGCACAGCUUUGCCUCCAAUCUCCAGCUUCGCUAAUGCCACUGCUCUAGGUUGGGGCAAGUCCAAUGGGUUAGAGAUGGGCCAAUCUAGGCUCUGGGGUCAGCCUGGGGCCCACAGGCAUGUGGGGUGGGGAACUGGGGCCCAGCCCUGAGGAGUAAUCCCUGUGGGAAUCAGCCUUCUGUCUGCUGGUCUGGGUUGGCUUGUAGCUAGGCUCCCAUGGGAGUCCCCAUCCCCCCUUUUUUACCUGCCCUUUUGUUUCUGGUUGUGUGGUCUUUUGAUAUGAGAGCUAAAGGCCAGGGAGGGAGCUUGGCCAAGGUCACAUUGUGUUGGUGGCAGCUCUGCAGCUCUGUGUUGGACCCCGAAGGGGAUGGCUAGGUCUGCAGGUUGGCUAGGGUUCAGGCUGGAGCUCAGGGCACCCAGGGGAGGCGGCCACACUGCCUCUGGUCUCCUCCCUGGGCCCCACCUUCCAACUUUGGCAGUGUAGGGAGGAGGGGGAUCCUCAGAGCCCCUGGGUUUGGACAGAGGCUGUUUCCCACUGGGGGGCGGGGGUGGGCUGAGGGCUCGGUCUUGCCGAUCCUGGACGAUGUGAAUUUUGAUAUUUGCCUGUGUGCGUGUGUCUCCUGGGUGUAGUGGAUGCCAGUCUUGUUGCUGUGACAAGUAACAACCUUUUUUUUAUUCUGUUUUUUAUACAAAAACACAACAAUCUGACAUUUUGGUGCUAAGGGUUUCCUGGUGCCGACGGUGGAUCUGGGGACUGAGAGGGUGUCUCUCCCCUGCUCAGGGAGGCAGUGCUGACUGGGCACCUCUCUGCCCCCCCACCCCCAGCUCCCGUCCUCAUCUAGUCCCAGGAGAGGAGAGGCUCCCAGUCGGGCUCAGCUCUCCUAGCUCUGCAGUAAGGAGACAGGUUCCAGGGGAGCCUCUGGGGCACGUCGUGCUGCCUGUCUCCAGCUUCUUCCUUUGGCCAGAAGGCACUGACUUGGGCAAUCCUGGCCUGAUGUGGUAGGGAGGGGGUGUAGAGACAUGGGCUACCCCCAGUCACACACACCUUGAUUUGAUCAAAGGGUAGAGGCGUGGGCAGAUGGGUGUGAUCCAGUGUCAAAGGUCACGGGAGGGCAGUGUGGGCAGGGCUUUGGACUGCAUGGGCAGAAGGGUUUUCUUUUCCGUGUUCUGGGUGUCACUAUGGUGUACAGCUGGUGGGGGCAGAGCUGGGGUCAGGCAGCCACUUUAGGAGCAGCCUUGGGCAGGGCUGGCAGGAGCCCUAGGUGCAUUUUGUCCUUGUCACCAGUGGCUGGAGGAGGUUGGACCUCAACACCUCUGCUGGGGACGGCCGUCCGCCCCAGCCUCUCAGGUACUUGGCCCUUGGGGAGUGGGGGGCUGGUUUUUUGCUGGGGGAUGAGUUUCCAGGUCGCCCCCUGAAGUCCACAGAUGGUCCCUGGUUUGGGAACCCCGCCGAGAUGUGUGGGAAGAGGUGGGGUCCUGGGUAACUUGAUGUUUAGCACUUUAACCCCCUUCUUUGUCUUUAAAGUGGGUGUGGGGAGCUGCUGCCAAACGUGGCUGUUGGGUCGGACCCCUCUCUCCCUUCUUCCUUUCCUGCUUCCCAUGCUCUGGUGAGUGGCAGUGGUGAGCUGGUCGGCAGAGCCCUCCUCCAAAGGGGGCAGAGCCCUGGGGGGCUCAGCAGGAUCUGCCCAUCUCCCACUCUGGUGGGCGUUCAGCCAGGUAACCACCUGGCCUUGAUUGACACCUUCAAUGAGAGGGACUGGCGUGGCAGACCCCCCGGGGCAUGAUGGGCACGGACCCUGCCCAAGACCCAAGCCCAGGGCACAAUGCCAGGUCCCUUUCUGAAGAUCUACCUCUGGCCCCGCCCACCCCCUCCCCAAUCCUGCCCUGAGAACAGGAAAGGGCCGACUCAAGGGGCUGACACUUCACACAAAAAUAGGAUGCACUUUAUUUGCUUGUGCAAAGGCAGAUGAGGGUGCAUCCUGGUGUGACCAGUGGCCCUCCCAGCCGUAGCCUCCAUCCUGUCCCUCCGGUUCAGAAGGGAGAGAACGGGUGCACCCUGAUCUGCGGAGGGCAGGGCUGUCCCGGUGUGUCCAGUUCGGUGGGCCCCAGGUGGCUUGCCCUGGAGGCCUGGGGUUCGGGGGCCUGGCCAGCACCUCUGGCCCGGCAACCACACAUCCUGUGCUUUGGGUUUCUUGGUUUGGGUUUUUUAAUGCCAGUUCUCCGUACAUAAGUGCAUUUUGAAAGAGAGGUUCCAGCUAUCACUUGUAACCAUAUAUAUACAUAUAUAUUCUAUCUACAAAGUGUUUAUUUGCAAGAUGUUUUGACGGUGAGCUCGGGCCCUGCCCACCUUGUGACCAUCUGUCCCCGGUCCUCGUCCCCGCCUCCCCGGCCCACAGUGGCGUGGGGGUGGGCCAUCAACUGUAUGUAUUAAAUAUGACUGUAUCAAAUAAAUGUUUAUUGAUUUUUUUCCA